AUGAUCUCCAGCAAUGGGAGCCUCAUUGCUGGCACCACACAUGCUAUCCCGCCUCGCCGUAUGGCUGUUGCUCUUGAUUACCCUGACGUUCCGCGGUUGGAGGCCGAGGUCGAGGCCCAAGACUUUAACGCUGACUUGAGUACCGGCUGGUUUUGCUGCUCGGUCAUCUUGCCGGACCCCAAAGAACUGAUACCACGGGCCGAGGACACCAUACGUUACCAGGGUCAGGAGCAGAUUGGGCUGCAUCAAGCAACGGGCUCAUCCAUCCUUGCCUAUGCCGCUUCGUGUCUGAACUCUCUCAUGAAUCUUGAGAAGACGGAUUCUCGGCGAAUUGGAAAAAGUUUCGGCACUCAGCAUAUUGGUCCAUCCGAUGGUCUCGCCUUGUCGGCUGUCUGGCGGUGCCUCAUAUUCCGGUGCCGCAGACUCGUCAGUUCGUAUGUUGCCUUUCGCAGUUUCGCAGCUUCCCCUGCCACGUGCUCGAGGAAUACGACCACCGAGACCAAGCUCCAGACGGGCACUGACUUUUACCACUACAUGACGUCAAUUUAUGUCAACCUCUUCCGCUCCACGGCUCCGCUGCACACCGAUCUCAGGGUUGACAAGAGUCGUGAGCUGGCCGGUCAUGAUCAAGAGCUCGUCCCGGUCUUUGUCAAUGUCCCCACCGAGAGCUUCUACUUCCUGAUUGAUGAUGACGGGAGUAAGAGAAUCGGGGCUCCGAUUCGCCUGCAGCUCUUCCGGCUUGUACCCCACCAUGACUCCGGCGACCACAACAACGAGGCCACUUACGCUCCCAAUUUCGUCCGCAACCUGGGUGCGCGCAUUGGCGAAUUCCUCGACAGCUUCCCGGCGGUUUUCAGCCCUAGCUAUCUCAAUUUCCUAGCAUAG